AUGACUGCAGUCUUCCGUCCAUAUGCAACCGCUCUGAUUACAGGCGGGGGCAGCGGGAUAGGAUUCGCUGUAGCCCAGCUCUGCCGCUCGCAUGACAUGAACCUCAUUCUAGUAGAUAUCCACGCCGAAAACUUAGCCUAUGCCCAUACGAUCCUGGGUGACACCCCCACAGCCAAGACACUCACGCAUGUCAUGGACGUCGGUGACCUGGCUUCCUGGGAGUACCUGUCUCGGAAAGUCGGGGAGACGUUUCCUAACGGGGUGGAUUUGUUGAUGCUCAAUGCGGGCGCAAGCUUUAAGCCGAGAUCCCCUGAGAUGCCGUGGGGAGAUCCGGAAUAUUUCCAGAAGACAUUUUCAACCAACAUCAUGGGCGUCGUGAACGGGCUCUCUGUAUUCAUCCCGGUAGUUACUGCCUCAGCCGACGAGCCGCGAGCCAUCAUCAUCACUGGCUCAAAGCAAGGUAUUACAAACCCGCCGGGCAAAAAUCCAGCAUACAACGCUAGUAAGUCCGCCGUGAAAUCCCUUGCAGAGCAUCUCAGUCACGAUCUUCUCCCGAACAAGAAUGUCUCUACACACCUCCUGGUUCCUGGCUGGACAUACACUUCCAUGACCGGAAAUACCGGUGUGGAGCCCGAUGCCAAAAGACCAAAGGGUGCAUGGCUGCCCGAGCAGGUUGCAGGGUAUUUGUAUGACAAGAUGGGCAAGGGUGAAUUUUACAUCAUUUGUCCUGACGACGAGGUCUCCGAGUCGCUUGACCGGGCAAGAAUAGCAUGGGCAAUGGGGGAUAUUAUCGAGCGCCGCCCGGCUUUGUCUAGGUGGAAUAGCAUGUGGAAGGAUGUCUCGGCGAAGUGGAUUGAGAGGGAUGCUGAGGUGAAGAGAAAGUCGUAG